CUGGGCCAGGGCUGGGCCCCCUCCCGCCGCGGCCCCGGCGUUUAUAUAUGGGGCGUGUUCCCCAGCCGCCAAGUUCCCGCAGCGGGGAGAGAGAGAGGGAGUGAGAGAGAGAGAGAGAAGGGAGAAAGCAAGCAAGCAAGCAAGCACAGCAAGAUCUGUGCUUCCCCAUCUCUUGCUGCAAAAACAAAAAAAAAGGGAAGGAAAAGCGCCCCCCCCUUUUUGAAAUAGGACUUGAUUUCCCGCCUCCAGCCACCAGCCCCCUCACCUUAUCCAGUCGUGGCUCGUCCAAAGCUCCCGAGGAGAGUGGGAUCUUUCGGUCCUUGCUGCAUUUCCGACCAUUACAGGAUCUAGACAUGUCUGCGACGCUGUUAUCUGCCUUCUACGACAUCGACUUGUUCUGCAAGACCGAGAAGUCCCUGAGCAGUAUGCUGGACAAGAAGGCAGUGGGCAGCCCUGUGGGGAACGCGCCUGGCUCUGGCUUUGCACCGGGUUUCCUGAGGCGCCACUCGGCCAGCAACCUCCAGGCCUUGGCCAACGGAGGCCCCAAGUUCCCCAGCGGGUCGUCCUCGUCUUCAUCAUCUUCCUCCUCCUCUUCUCCGUCUUCUUUUGGGAGCCUCAAGGAGCCUGGCAAUGGAGGAGGAGGGGGGAAUAUCAGCCCCACUCAUCAUCCCCACCAGCAGGCACCUGUUUCUUCUGCUCCUUCGAGUGCCGCCACCACCACCGCCUUGCUCAACAAGGAGAACAAGUUCCGGGACCGGUCCUUCAGCGAGAAUGGCGAGCGGAGCCAACACCUCAUGCAGCAGCUCCAGCAAGCGACGAAAGGAGGAGGAGGAGGAGGCAACGGGAAUAACAACAACAAUGGGAGUAAUGGCGGAGGGGGCGCGCCUAUCAACUCGACGCGCUACAAGACGGAGCUGUGCCGCCCCUUCGAGGAGAGCGGGGCCUGCAAGUACGGCGAGAAGUGCCAGUUCGCCCACGGCUUCCAUGAGCUCCGCAGCCUCACGCGGCACCCCAAGUACAAGACGGAGCUCUGCCGCACUUUCCACACCAUUGGCUUCUGCCCUUACGGCCCGCGCUGCCACUUCAUCCACAACGCUGACGAGCGCCGCCCUGCGCCACCCAGUGGGAGCGCGCCACCUCCUCUCCCUCCUCCGCCUCCACAACAACAACAGGCCCAGCCUCCUCUUCCUCCUCCUCCUCAUAGUAACGGCCAACCGCCUCCGCCUCCUCAUCGCCAUCACGCUGGCAGCACUGGCGACCUCCGAGCUGCUUUCGUCCCGCCUCACACUUCCUCCAUCCGGGACCUUCCCCUCUCAGGCUUCGGGGUGCUGCACUCUCGCGAGAGGCCCAAACUGCACCACAGCCUCAGCUUCUCCGGCUUCUCUGCCCAUCACCAUGGCAACCACAUCACCGCGGGAGGCCUAGAAGUGGCUGCUGCAGCCGCGGCCUUGCUUUUGGAGAGCGGCCCAGGAGGAGUCGGGACAGCAGGAGGGGGUUCCCGCACGCCGCCACCGCUUCCCUCCUCGUCCUACUGCGAUGAUUUAGUGGCCUCCCCACCGUCGUGUGCCAACAACGCCUUCGCCUUCUCAGCCGGGCAGGAGUUAGGCAGCCUCAUUGCGCCAGCGCUGGCCUUGCCGCCUCCGCCUCCUCCUCAGAAUGGCUGCUUCACCGCUUUCUAUCGCUGCCACCAACAACAAGGAGGAGGAGGGAGCUGUUGUCCUGUUCCUCCUCCGCCGCCUCCUCCUCCCGCUCCUCCGGCCUCGCCGCCUUUCAGCUUCCAGCCCUUGCGCCGCCUCUCCGAGUCUCCCGUCUUUGAUGCCGCGCCGCCUCCACCGCCCAGCCCGCCUGAGGACUCGCUCUCUGACCGCGAGAGCUACCUGAGCGGCUCCCUCAGCUCUGGCUCCCUCAGCGGCUCCGAGUCGCCCGGCCUCGACUCUGGGAGGCGCCUCCCCAUCUUCAGCCGCCUCUCAGUCUCCGAUGACUGAGGAAGGGAUUCCCUAAGAGCAGGCCUGGGCCAGCUUGGGCCUCUCUAAGGCAGGCCU